AUGCAGCUCCGCUUCCUCCCGUUCGCCGCGAGCGCCGUGGCCGGAAGGAGCUUCCUCGCCGCUAUUCCUCGGCCAGUGACGGAGAGAAGGACGCACCUACGCUGCAACGCGGGCAACUCCUCGUCGUCGUCGGAGGACGAGGGCGGCGAGCUUAGCGCGGCAGAAGAGGCGCUGCGGCGGCUGGCGGAGCUCGACGCCCAGCUGGAGGGGCUGAAGGAGCCUAAGAUGAGGCCGCCGCCGCCCCCUCCUCCCCCGGAUCCUUUCAUGGACCGCGAUAUGAUCAUACAGCGAGGACGCCCAAGUGAUGAGCUCCCAGAAAUGACCCCGGCCUACGUAACGUUCUCGACUCUGGCAAUUUUUAUCCUGACCAUCUUCACCAACGUGGUGUUCAACGUGUACAUCAAGCCUUCCGUGGACGGCGCCGAUCGGCCGGUAAGAAUCCAGAGAGUGCCUCUGGCUGAUCCUAGCUUCCAGCAGCCCGGCAAUUCUAGUGGUAGCUCGUAG